AUGCCGCUAACUCCCGACUCGCCAGGCCUCAACCGCACCAUCACGAGGCCCAAGGGGUGGGACCUAGCAAUGGAGGGAGCCAAGAAAGGAGGCGACGACGGCGUGCCAAAUCCGGCAGAUCAUCAUGAAGCGAACCGGGAGUCGGCCGCGGGUACGUCCGACGAGGCCCCUGAAGCCAAGUCCCGCAACCCGGUGCCCUAUCGUAACCGAGAUCCCCUGGAUGAAAACGAUAGAAAAUACGCCGUCUUGUUCCGCAAGAUGACGGACAUCAUCGUCAAGGAUGGCAUCACAGUCGCCGCAAAGUCGGCCGAUUGGACCGCUAAUCGCGACACCUUGACCAAGUACGUCGCCGAAGGCAUAAGCAGCCGAGGCAUAUUCAACACCAAAGCGUCCGACGACCGUGCCGGACAGUAUGCCGCCAUCGCCGAUGAAUUUCAUCAAAAGGUGCCCACCGACGCCGCCAUGUCCGAAGAGGCCGCUCGGCAGCGCGCCCAGUUUGUCGAAAAGGUCUUGCCGGACCAUCUGUCCCGGCUGUCGACGCUCGCCAAUCGACUGCCUCACGAGUUCACGGAAAAGCACAACGACAUUGCCAGACAGAUCGUCAAGGUCGACAUUCCGGACCUCUCCACCCUCGUCAAGGAUGCCUCGGCAAGCAGCGCCGAGAAGUUCACAAAGUUGGCCAGCGAAGUCGCCAACGACAUAUACGCCAUGGGCUUGCGCGCCAAGGAAGUGCCGCAGACGAGCGGCCGACAAGCCUCGGAGCUGGCCAAUAAGCUGGUGGACAACGCGUUCAAGGCGAUUUCCGACGCGAGAAGUGCAUCCCAACCGGGCGACGGGAAGCCUGCGUCGUCGGCCACCAAGGACGGCCAGAAGAAGGCCGCGGAGCUGGCUCGAGGAAAGGAGAAUUUGACAAACGCAAUCAAGGACUCCCUCAUCGAGACCGCCCCGUUUUCUCAAAAGGGUAACCAACUUCUCUCGUCCACCGUGCCGAUGAUGCCGCCGCCUAGGGUCCCGGCUAACCUAUCCAUAGACUUUGCCUCUCGUCGCGGAGACUUUGCCGGAUUCCGUGACUUUCACAUCGCCUUGGCGCUGGGUGAAUCGGCCGGAGCCGUCGCGCCCGAUCGAGUCAUCUUUGGAUCCGGUCUUCCCGCCGACGCCGGAAAGGAAGCCGUCAUCAACGUGCUCAAGCAAAACGGGGUGCGAAAUGUCCUCUUUACCGACGAGCACAUGCCCUACGUCGGAAUCUUUGCCGACGCCGGCGACGGAGACGUGUCCGAGGCUGACAUCCGGGACACCAAUCGCCUUCGAGGCUUUUUCAAAAAGUCGCUGAGCAAGGAAGGCAUCUCCUUUGCUCACUUCCCCGUCGUCGAUAUUGAAAACGAACGCUUGCCGAAGGCCAUCCGCGGCGCCGUCAAGAACUUUGUCAACGGCGGCAACACGCUCGUGCUGGGGAGCAAGUCGCAGGAGGUCGACUUUGUCAUCGCCGCCAUGGAGAUUGGCACCCACCAUCUCGAGGGGAAGAAGCGAGAGGUGCUGGUUCCCUACUGGAAGCUGAGCAGCCAUACCUUGUCCGACAAGAUGCUUGGCUUUCUCGACUUUCUGUGGGCGCCCAAGUCCAUCAGCUUAUUCCAGGGCAUCAAGGUGUCUCCGAAAGCCGACGAGGUGGACGAGGAACCCCGUCCGAAAUCAAGUCAACGCCGCCCUGGGAAUAUUCCCAAAAAGGCCGAACAUUUUGGCGGUUGCCUCUUGGGCGUCGCCGCGACGGCCAUUAGUUACGCGGCCAACGACCACCCGCCAGGGGACAGAAAGUGGCAGGUCGAGCGGCGAAACGUCUUUGGCGACAUCUGGCGCGGCAUGACGCACGGCAACCUCCUCCAGGUCCCCGGCUUGGUCGGCUCGUCCAGCCUGAAGCUGUUUAGCGGGGAGAACUUUCGCGCCUUUGGAAAGUCCGCCGUCGACUUGGUGCACGGCAUCCGCGAAAUUCCGGGGUCCGUGGUCCGCUCUCUAGACUCUGCCGCGAGCGCCGACAAUCUCGCCGCCUUUGUCAGUUCUGCUGGCGAUCUAGUCGACGGAAUAAGCGAACUUCCGGGGGCCGUGGCGAGCGGUGCGCGUCAAGCUGCCGACGUGGAACAUUUCCAUGCCUUUGUACGGUCUCUGAAGGACCUUGGAGUGGCGUUGACCGAAAUUCCCGGCGCUUUCGAGAAGGCCAUGGACGACCUCGAGGUGACGCCGAUUGAUAUCGCCGUAGCCGUGCGGUUGAUACCUAUACAGCUGGGCCAGGCUUCCAAAGACUUUAUGAGGCAGUACAACUCGAACUUGCCGCGUGGCACCGACGGGAGGAAGCUCAUGGACGCCAUGUUCGGGAGCAUCAUGACGGAUAGGCUCGGCCUGCGCAUGGUGGGCCAGAGGGUCGCCGACGCAGCAGAAUCUGCUUGCCCCGUUUUGCUGACCGCAUACAUUCAACACCAGCAGAGUGAACAUGCCAAGAAGAACAGGAACGCUUCGUAA